GUCUUUUUGCCUAUAAAAUCUGAAAUUCCUCUCUUCUCUUCUAUAGGGUAUCUCUCAGUUCCUAUCUGUUCUAUAGAGUUUAGUGUUACCCUGUGUGGUGAGUUUCCAUGGCUAGGGCACAUCUUAUAUCUUCUCCUAACGUCUCUUCACUCACAAAUGGUUCAAAUCUUUGGGGCAGAAAACUCUCCUUCAAGAGUGCUUUCUAUGAAAGUUCUGGUGGAUCAAAAGCUUCUCAGCAGAAAAUAAAAAGUCAAAUACAGUAUAAUCCUUUGAGGUUUCAACAGUCAUCUUUUAAUCAUCACUACAAACACGUUGAAAGGGGAGCAACAUAUGAAGAAAGCAAUAAAAAUUAUGUUGUGAAAGCCGUCACUGUACCAUCUUCUGAGUCAGAAUCUGAAGCUUCAAGCUCCAAAAACUUUGUGGACUCUGUCAAAAAUUUCAUGGCCGUUUUGUAUCAAUUUAUUUACCCUUACGCAAUGUAUGGUCGAACAACAACGGCAAUUUCUGCGUCUCUCGUUGCAGUAGAAAGACUAUCAGAUAUAUCUCCCUUGUUUUUUAUUGGUUUGUUACAGGCUUUGUUACCUUCCUUGUUCAUGGAUCUUUAUGUUAAUGGAGUGAAUCAAGUGUUUGACUUCGAAAUAGAUAAGAUAAACAAGCCACAUCUUCCAUUCGCCUCUGGGAAAUUAUCCUUCAAGACUUGUGUCUUUAUUGUUGCCUCAUCUGCAAUCUUGGGUUUAGGGCUUAACUUGAUGAUAGGUUCUCCGCCAUUGAUUUGGAAAUUUGUGUUGAACGUUAUAUUAAUUAAUUGCUAUUCAAUGAAUCUGCCUUUCUUACGAUGGAAACAAUAUCCGGUGCUGGCAGCAUUAUUCGUAGUCGUUAGUAUGGCAGUGGUUUUUCCAAUUUCAUACUUCCUUCAUAUGCAGACGUUUGUGUUGAAGAAGCCACUUAUGUUUACAAGAUCAUUCAUUGUUUCUCUGCUGUUCAUGGGUUUGUACUCUACUGGUUUAGCAUUAUCCAAGGAUAUACCUGACAUGGAAGGAGAUAUAAAACAUGGCGUUGAUUCUUUCGCAGCACGUUUAGGCCAGAAAAACGUAUUUUGGAUUUGUAUUUUCCUUUUUGAAAUGGCAUUUGGAGUUGCCUUCUUGGCAGCAGCAUCAUCUUCAUCUCCCCUUUGGAUGAAAUCUAUCGCGUGUCUUGGAAAUGUUGUUCUUGGUUCAAUUCUCUUUUACCGGACCAAAGACGUAGAUGUGACAAAUCCAGCUUCCACUGGACCCUUCUAUUUCUUUCUCUGGAAGUUGAUGACGGCGGGACAAGUUUUUCUGCCUUUUGUCAGAUAAGGUGUCACUAAAGAUAAAACAAAACGUUUGCAACACAUGCGCAACAGAAUAACCUAGAGACCCUUCGCAUCUAAAUUUCCUGAACCAAUGAAUGUGUUCUCUCUAGAUAUCAUGAGUUUUGUAUCACUAAGAUUUUCUUUUUUUAAUUGUGUGAUGAUUCUAAGUAUCUAUAUCGAGCUUUAUCUCUAUGGACACAUCUUUCAUCAAAGGAAUAAGAAAAUAGAAGCAACUUGUUAUAACUA